GCGGUGGCCAGGGAGGAAGCGGAGGAGGCGGAGGCGGCCGUGGGGUUCGCCCGCCUGCUCGUUCGCCUGGUUUCCCCGCCCCCGCCGGGCUCGCCGCUGCUGAAGGGAGCCGGUUGCGCGCUGUCGUAACCUGCCCUCAUCCUGGCCAGCAGCAGCAAGACCGGACCCUCAUCCAGACCAACCUCCCUGUCAGGGCGGCUGCGGCGCGGGCUCCGCGGGGCGCAGGCGGGCGGCCCGGGCGCCUGAAGGUUACUGAGUGCAUGAGCGCCUAGCUUCCCGCGCUGCCCCGCCCGCCGGCCCGCCGGUCCGCCCGCCGGCUCGCCCGCCAGCCCCUCGGCGCCCGGCGGCGGCGGCGGCGGCGGCGACGGCCGCAGGAGGCGCCGUUUCCCUUCCAGGUGCGCGCUUCGCUCCCGGAGCCGCGGAACUCGGCGGCCGCCAUGGCGUCCAACAUGGACCGGGAGAUGAUCCUGGCGGAUUUUCAGGCAUGUACUGGCAUUGAAAACAUUGAUGAAGCUAUUACACUGCUUGAACAAAAUAAUUGGGACUUAGUGGCAGCUAUCAAUGGUGUAAUACCCCAGGAAAAUGGCAUUCUACAAAGUGACUAUGGAGGUGAAACUAUACCAGGACCUGCAUUUGAUCCAAGUCACCCAGCUUCAGUUCCUGCUCCCUCUUCCUCUUCAGCAUUUCGACCUGUAAUGCCAUCUAGGCAAAUUGUAGAACGGCAACCUCGGAUGCUGGACUUCAGGGUUGAGUACAGAGACAGAAAUGUUGAUGUGGUACUUGAAGACAGCUGUACUGUUGGAGAGAUUAAACAGAUUCUAGAAAAUGAACUUCAGAUACCUGUGUCUAAAAUGCUGUUGAAAGGCUGGAAGACCGGAGAUGUGGAAGACAGUACGGUCUUAAAAUCGCUACAUUUGCCAAAAAACAACAGUCUUUAUGUCCUUACACCAGACUUGCCGCCACCUUCAUCAUCUAGUCAUGCUGGUGCCCUGCAGGAGUCAUUAAAUCAAAACUUCAUGCUGAUCAUCACCCACCGAGAAGUCCAGCGGGAGUACAACCUGAACUUCUCAGGAAGCAGUACCAUUCAAGAGGUAAAGAGAAAUGUGUAUGACCUUACUAGUAUCCCUGUUCGCCAUCAAUUAUGGGAGGGCUGGCCAACUUCUGCCACAGAUGACUCGAUGUGUCUUGCUGAAUCAGGGCUGUCUUAUCCCUGCCAUCGACUUACAGUGGGCAGAAGAGCUUCACCUGCACAAACCCGGGAGCAGUCCGAAGAGCAAAGCACCGAUGUUCAUAUGGUUAGUGAUAGUGAUGGAGAUGACUUUGAAGAUGCUUCCGAAUUUGGGGUGGAUGAUGGAGAAGUAUUCGGCAUGACAUCAUCUGCCCUGAGAAAAUCUCCAAUGAUGCCAGAAAACGCAGAAAAUGAAGGAGAUGCCUUAUUACAAUUUACAGCAGAGUUUUCUUCAAGAUAUGGUGACUGCCAUCCUGUAUUUUUUAUUGGCUCAUUAGAAGCUGCUUUUCAAGAGGCCUUCUAUGUGAAAGCCCGAGAUAGAAAGCUUCUUGCUAUCUACCUCCACCAUGAUGAAAGUGUAUUAACCAACGUGUUCUGCUCACAAAUGCUUUGUGCUGAAUCUAUUGUCUCUUAUCUGAGUCAAAAUUUUAUAACCUGGGCUUGGGAUCUGACAAAGGACGCCAACAGAGCAAGAUUUCUGACAAUGUGCAACAGACAUUUUGGCAGUGUUGUUGCACAAACCAUUCGGACUCAAAAAACAGAUCAGUUUCCACUUUUUCUGAUUAUUAUGGGAAAGCGAUCAUCUAAUGAAGUGUUAAAUGUGAUACAAGGUAACACCACAGUGGAUGAGUUAAUGAUGAGACUCAUGGCUGCAAUGGAGAUCUUCACGGCCCAACAACAGGAAGAUAUAAAGGAUGAGGAUGAACGUGAAGCCAGAGAAAAUGUGAAGAGAGAGCAAGAUGAGGCCUAUCGCCUUUCACUUGAGGCUGACAGAGCAAAGAGGGAAGCUCAUGAGAGAGAGAUGGCAGAACAGUUUCGUUUGGAGCAGAUUCGCAAAGAACAAGAAGAGGAACGUGAGGCCAUCCGGCUCUCCUUAGAGCAGGCCCUGCCUCCAGAGCCAAAGGAAGAAAAUGCUGAACCCGUGAGCAAACUGCGGAUCCGGACCCCCAGUGGCGAGUUCCUCGAGCGGCGAUUCCUGGCCAGCAAUAAGCUCCAGAUUGUCUUUGAUUUUGUAGCUUCCAAAGGAUUUCCAUGGGACGAGUUCAAGUUACUGAGUACCUUUCCUAGGAGAGACGUAACCCAGCUGGACCCAAAUAAAUCACUAUUGGAGGUAAAGUUGUUCCCUCAAGAAACCCUUUUCCUUGAAGCAAAAGAGUAAACAUGGCCCAGCAGUGGAACCAGCCUUCCUUGACAAGCCAGAGGCCUGCAUCAAGAGAAGGGCUCCUCGCCAACCCACCUACACGCUCGUCUCACUCAACUCAAUGUCACACUUCUGCCUCUUGCAAGAUUGCUGGAAAAAAGUAAUAAUAAACAUAGCUACUUAAAAUUUCCCAUCCACGAGUAUAUGUUCCCAAUCCUCAUAGAAAAUUACAACUCUGCAGCCCUCCCUUAUCCCCUUCACCUCACCCUUAUUCAAUGACUAAUGCACUGUUCAAGUGUGAGUGACCACGAAGUAGAAUUUUUACCUCUCCAGUGCCCACCGUUUCCCCACACUGUCUAGGACAGUUCUGUCUGCCCUGGGACACCAGGAUGCCAUGUAUUUGAUACGUCUCAUUGAGCCAGGGCUCAUACACCUCUGCCUUUUUAUUUUCACAACUGGAUUUCUACUUUGUCACCUAAUUUUAAAAGGCAUGGGGAAAAAAGUCAAAUGGGACUUCUCAGCAUGGAGAUUAAACGUUGUUGUAGGAAAAAAAGCAUAUCAUUUUUGUUGGUACUUUCUGACUUAUUUACUAAGAUGUGAGGUUGUGUUUGAGGACUGCAUUUGACAUAUAUGCAAGAUACUUAUUUUAAACUGCAGCUGCCUUGGGUCUCCAGGUUCCAUCUAGGAGGUAUCUGCUCUUCCAGUGCAGCGUGGAAAACUGUUGAAGCGCAUUAUGUGAAUGUUGAGAUAGUGUGAAGAGGACCAGUACCAGGACUUUGGUAUCUGGCCCAGAUGCAAGAAGCUGCUGUUUGCAUUUGGGCAGUUCGAACCUCAUAGAUACCAGCUCCCACAGAGCUGGUCCAUCAGUGAACACAGUUCUCUCCUGCUUUUCUCUCCCUCUGCUCCACCAUGUGUUGGGACCUUGUUACUUGGUAUUUUAAGCACCUUGUCUGUCAUCAAAAUCUGAUCAGUCACGCCAUGGACUCUGAGCCCCGCUAUAAAACCUUGCUCCACUAUUUCAUUCUUUUAACGUUUCAGUAUUAGAUAUUAGAUUUGCAUUUCAAAUGAAAGAUCUCAUGGCUGAAAAUUCUGAUCUCAUAUAUUUAAGAGAGCAAACUUGGGGGCUCAGCUCAGAAGACAUGUGUUGCCUGAACCUACAUAUAAUAAUUUGGGAAUGAUUUAGUAAAUACAGAUUUUUGUUAAUCUGUGGAUUUGGGGUUUGAAGUUUAGUUCAUGGAAGCACUAUUGAUGCCUUCACAGCCAAUGAUUUCUUUUUAGUCUUGGAAUGUUUCUCCAUAUCUGUUUUUAUGUCACCUGUGGUCUCUAUCCCAGGGUUUGGGAUUCUGAUUUUGACAUUUUGUAUUUGUCCAAAGUACAGUCUAAGUGCUGGGUUUUUCCCCUGGCCCAAUUCAAGGGGUUCUCAGAAGACUCUAACCGAAGCCUAAGAUAUGGCUGGUCCUUUUCCCUCUGCCUGGAAGUGGAUAUUGGCCAGGAAAAUUCCUCCUGUGUCUUUUCUCUGGUGCUCCGACCAGGACCUCCCUGAACACUCUCUCGUAAGAGAUGUGUUCCUAAAAGAUAGUGCUACAUCUGCUUAGAGUCAGGCCUUCUCUGCUCCAGAGGUCUCCCAGGGAGGCUGGAAGGAAAAGAGACCCACUAUGGGGGGAAUUCAGCUCUACUCCUACCUUCCUUUUUUUUUUUUUGUCCACACCUACCUUCCUAACCUGGUGGACCCAAAGACAGUCAUUUCCAAUGCUACAGAUGCACUAGGGCACCAAUUCUUCUUUUUCCAGGUAUACCUUAGCUGCCAUGCAGAAGCUAUAGCCCUUAACCCAGGCCAUACUCAGGAACAGAGCAAGAGUGUGGGUGGGAGUUGGAGAGACAGGACUCUGAAUUUACUUUCAUGGUUAACCUGUUCCAUCUGAUUUGGGUUUGGUUUCAUCAUAUUGUUCUGCCCUGUCAGCUUCACUUCUGUAUUCUAGUGAUAGAGACUUUACUCUGAAAGUGAUUUCAUAAAAGUUAUUAAAUGCUUCUUGAACGUG